AUGCUAGGACGAAAUGCGGUGCUCUUCAUCGCUUUGCAGUUUGGCUCUCGAUUUGCAAACUCCUUCCUGGUUACCGCUGCCAGGUAUGAGUUGCUCGAGGCGGGCAGCGUCAUGCAGUUUGCCGGAGCGCAAGUGGCAACAAGCCUGGCUCGCAUGGUUGUGUCGCAGAUCGCGGGCCUUCUGACGGACAACUUUGCCCUGAAGAAAAUGUACGUCGCGACGGAGGCAUGCAACUUGGUCCUGGCUCUAGCGAUGCUCGUAUGUGGCCAUGCAUCUGGCAGCGUGCUCUUCAUUCUGAACAUAGGCCUGGGUUUGCUCUACUCCUUCUCACAGCCGGUGACCAAAUCUAUGCCGCCGGCAGUAACUCCUUCUCGUGAGGAUCUUGCUGUCAUCAAUGGGUGGGAUCUGACUUGUGACAAGGUGGGCCGCUAUUUGGCACCAUUUGCCUAUGCAAUGGCUUCUUCCAGCCAUGGGUUUGACUUUGCAGUGCUCCUCAGUUGCUUCCUGUACGGCAUAUUGGCUGUGCUGCGAACAUGCGUUGUCGUGGUUGAGCCCCCACGAGAACCCUCCAAAAUGGGCUCCAAAGCAACUGUUCGCGACAAGUUGGGACGUCUUUUUCAACAGGUCGCAGAUGGCGUCAUGUCACUGCGGCGGGACUCCGUGUUGCGUCUUCUCAUUCUGAACACACUCGUGACAAACGUUUUCCUUUAUCCUCUGAAUUCUGUACAUUUUCCGGUGCUCUUCAAGCGGGUCGCCGAAGCCGGAGGAGAGCAUUCUGCGGUGGACGGCUUGCUGCAGGGAGCCAUGAGUUUCCUGAACAUCAAGAAGAAGGACAUGUGGAGGAACUACAGCGCGUUGGUUUCUCUCGGUGGUGUCGUGGGCCCUUUCCUGUCAAACGCUCUGAUCUACGUGUUGGAGUCCUACUCCACCAGCCACAACUGCUGCAGACUCUGGGUCGGCAUCAACUUCGGCCUUGCUGGGCAAGUCGCCGCAAUGGCUCUCCUGGCCUUGAUGCUGUCUUUCAGUGGAAGCCUGGGUACUGGUUUGCUGGUUUUCAACCUCGUGAGUGCAUGGGUUGUCACCAUCUCUGUCAACAACAUCGUCACCACAUACUUCAACUCGAUCUCGCAAGAGCGGCUGCAGCAAAACGAGCGGGGUCGUUUCAUUGCGAACAUCAUGACAGUUUUCACGCUGGGAAGUUCUCUCGGUACACUCAUCUUCGGAUGGGUUCUGUCUGCCACAGCAGAUGACGUGACAGGGCCCGUAAACCUGCUCUUUUGCGGUUUGCUGAUAAAGAUGGUCUUGCUGGUGCUCCUGCGGAGGGCAGGACAAGGUUCUUUUUCAGGAUCAGUCCGCCCACAUGCUGAGUGA